AUGACAAAUCACAAAAAAAUAUGUGUCCAACGAUCACUGUGGACAGUGAAAGACGCUAGACCAGUCAGGCAAUAUAGUGAGGAAGAAAGAUUGAAAUUAGAAAAUCAGCUGAAAACAUACUUUAGAUCAGAUCAACGAUUAGCCAAGUUGAAAGUGGUCAAAUUGAACAAUUAUUGGAAGAAAGUCUGUCAAGAUGAACAGAGAAGUAAAGAGAGAAAUGAACAACUGUUACGAGAAUUUGAACGAAUUGAUUCUCAUCUGGCAUCCAUGGGAGAUCGCACUGAAAAACUAAGAGCCUUGAAGAAGCAAUAUGAAGAAAGUAUUGAAAGGAAAUAUCCUAAUUGGAGAGAGUUAGUUUUACCUAAACCAAAUCCAGUAACUACACCCAAUCAACAAGAAAUUCGUCCAAAUGAUGUCUCACCUCUACAGCAAUCUCCAGAACAUAUCAGACCAGUGUCACAACCUCCAUUUCAUUCAACCCCAGCUUCACAGACUGCGGCUCAUGCUACAGCAACUAUCCCACAAUCCACACCAGCGACCCACCAGUCCACACCAGACGCCCAUCAGGCCAUGCCAGCCUCUCAUCAGGUUACAACAUCCACAUCUCAGGUGACCUCUCCUGCACAUAAUAUUACCCCAAAAGUCAACACUGAAAACAUUGAUGUGCAUGACUCACCAAUUCGAAAAGAUAUCUUUCAUUCAGAUCAAUCACAAGAAACUAAUCAAACUAAAGUUAAAGUCAUAGAAGAUGAUGAAAAUGAAGAUGAGAGAACAGGAGAAGUAGAGGAGUUUAAUAUUCAACCAGUUCAGAAUGUUUCUAUUCAAAAUACACCAACGGUUCGGAAAUCAGGUUCGAUGGACCCAGAUGAUGACAGUGAAAUCGACAGCGACCUUGACCUUCCCUUAUCUGGUGUUCAUCAACUAAAACCAUCUCCUGAGAAGAAGAGCAGUGAUAAACAAGGUGGAGAUAAUGCAACGUUACUGGGAACAACUGAGGCAGUAGCGUCUAUUGAAACAGAGGUAGCUUCCACCUCAGUGAAAAGUGGUGGUAAUACUCUGAGAGCAGAAUUAACAUUAACUGGUAUUUUAUAUUUGUUGAAAUAUGUACAAGAUGAGUUUAGAGAUGCCAUAUCUGUAGAAGGUUACUACAGAAUCUCAACACCAUCUGACUCUCAUCAACGUUCUAGUAUAAUACAGAAAGCAAAUAAUGGAGAGAAUUUAAAUAAUAUAGAUGGUAGUUUGAUUAGUAUGGUAAUAUUAGAACAAUUAACACUAGUAGUUAGGAAUCUGGUAGAUCAUGGUUUAAUGAAGGAUGAGUUAUUGAUGGGAGAUAUCACACAACUUACUUCAGAGAAAAUAGGGGAUAAUCUAACAACGGAUGCCUGUGAUUUAUGGGAUGGAUUAUUCAAUCAUUUUAAUUUAUUGGUGGAGUAUAAAGUCAUGGAACCAAAAGAAGUGGCAGCCAUCUUUGUUCCUGGUUUAGUGGCUGAAGGUUCUCCUUAUCAGACAAAGGCAUAUACUGUUUUAGUUCAACUGUUAGAGGCUGGAAAAAGAGAUGAUGUGACAGAUGCAUCAUCAUCAGUUGCCUCCCCUCAUCAUAACUUUCCUGCUAAAACUACCUUGCAAGCCAAUAAUACAGUACCACCAUUAAAGUUUGGAAGUUUAAUUGAUAGACCAUAUAGUGAUGAAGAAUCCAGUUUUUUCAGUAAUACAACUUCUAGAAAUGUUGUUCCAUUAAAUGAAACUGAUGCAUAUAAAAAUAUGUUAUCUGGUACCAGAACAACAUCACAUCACCAUGGUAACGAUGAAGAAGAUACAGAUGAUGAUGUUGAGAAACAAUUCGCAUCUGUCUUGUCACCAAGAACACCAAAAAAAUCAGUUCUCUCCCCUAGACUGAAUAAGGAAGGUGGAGAUAUUUUCUCACCUAAGAAAGGACCUGGAUUGAUUCAUUCUGCUCGAAGUCCUAAAGGUGAUGAUAUAUCUGAAACAGAUUCAUUUUCUCCCAGUCCUUCACCAGUUUAUAUUCCUACAGCUUUAGACUCCAGCAAGGGUUCUACUGGAUAUAAACUUCCUAAGAGAACUGGAGUAAAGAUAGGAUCUGAUUUAGAUACAGACACAGAAAUAGAAAUACAUAAAUCAACCAAUCAGGAUCAAGAUGAUGAUUUUGAUUUCUAUAAUUAAUAAUAGGGUAUUCUGGGAUUAAUCAUAUAAUUUGACAGGGAUAUAUUUAAUUUAAUGCAUACUUGUUAGCUUAUAGUGUAUUAUAGUGAUAAAGAUGUUUAGUUUAACAGGCAAUCAUCCUUUGAAGUGGAUUUGUGUUGAUAUGUCGUAUAUUGUACAAAGCAUCAGCAUCUACAUAGUUUCCCUAUAUAGGUAUCAUUUUUUGAGGUUAUUAUUUGGAAUGAGUAGAAAGAAUGAAUUUUGUCACAAAAAUUGAUUUUGUUAUCAUAGUUGAGAGUAGUUAUAUUUUGAUAUUCAGAUUAUGUGAUAUAUUAUUGUUUUAUGUACUAUUAUUUAUUGUCUUAUAGCUAUGUAUAAACACUUUCACUUU